CAGACCCCGCAGCCCAGCGGCCUCCCUCCGCGCGGCCUGGUGGAGGGAGCUUACGGUCCGGGACCUGCCGUUCUGCUGCCUAGCUUCCCCUCGGCCUCGGCGACCCCACACUGCAGCAGGGCCCGCUUCAAGGACACCACGGGCCCCUCAAGGCGCGGCGGACACCCUGUCCGGCCGCCCCACCACAGCCUCCGGCGGGCGGAGAGGACAACCGCCCACGGCCUCCUCGUAUUUUUCCGGGCUGGAGGCGGGUCGGACGGUUCCAGUGGAGAUGGGCAGCUCUCAAAAAAGGCACAAACAACUGAAGGAUGGAUACGAUUUCAUAUGUUAAGGACAUGUUGAAAGGAAAAUAAGGAAUCCCAGAGCCUCAGUAUGAAUCAGUCUAGACCUAGAUCUGAUGGUGGUGGCGAAGAAACUUCAUCUCAAGAACAAAAUCAUCGUGAAAAUGAGAGAAGAUGGCAGCAAGAGCGUCUCCACAGAGAAGAAGCCUAUUAUCAGUUUAUUAAUGAACUGAAUGAUGAAGAUUAUCGGCUAAUGAGAGACCAUAAUCUUUUAGGCACCCCUGGAGAAAUAACAUCAGAAGAACUACAACAACGGCUAGAUACAGUGAAGGAACAAUUAGCAUCUCAGCCUGACUUGAGAAAUGGGACAAAUAAUAGAGAUUCAGAAAUUCUGAGUGAAAGUUCAAAUGAAGAUUCUUUGAUGGAAUGGUUGAACACCUUUCGUCGCACAGGAAAUGCUACACGAAGUGGACAAAAUGGGAACCAAACUUGGAGAGCUGUGAGUCGAGCAAACCCAAAUAGCGGAGAGUUUCGGUUUAGUUUGGAAAUCCACAUAAAUCAUGAGAAUAGAGGAUUUGAAGUUCCUAGAGAAGAUUACAUGGACAUUCCAUUGUCAGAUAUUAGCAGAGAUCAUACUAGAAAUAGGCAACAAAGAUCAACUAGUCCUGUGGCUAGGCGAACAAGAAGCCAAACCUCAAUGAAUUCCAGUGGUAGUCGUCCUAAUCGUCCAAGGACUGGGACGAUUGGUUCAAGAGGGCAGAAUUUGGUUGAAGGAUCAUCCUCAACACUGGGAAGGUCAAGAAAUGGCAUUGGGGGAGCAGUUAACAUUCCUAGAACUAGUUCUCCUAGCACUAAUUUUAGUACUCACACAAACCAAUCAGGUAGUGAACUCAGGCAGAGGGAGGGGCAGCGAUUUGGAGCAGCACAUGUUUGGGAAAAUGGGGCUAGAAGUAAUGUUACAGUGAGGAAUACAAACCAAAGAUUAGAGCCAAUAAGAUUACGGUCUACUUUCAGUAGUCGAAGCCGUUCACCAAUUCAUAGGCAGAGUGGCACUGUUGAUUCCAAUUCCCAAAGGGAAAGCAGACCUUUGCAACAAACCAUUAGAAGGUCUAUUAGGAGGAGACGUAUAACUCAGGUUUUUUUAGAACAGGAUAGGGGACGCCAAGGAACUACACAUGCCCCAUUCUCCAAUUCAAGACUUGUGUCAAGAAUAACAGUAGAAGAAGGAGAAGAAUCUAGCAGAUCAUUAGCUGCUAUACGACGACAUCCAACAAUCACACUGGAUCUUCAAGUGAGAAGGAUUCGUCCUGGAGAAAAUAGAGAUCGGGAUAGUAUUGCAAAUAGAACCCGAUCCAGAGUAGGGCUAGCAGAAAAUACAGUCACUGUUGAAAGCAAUAGUGGGGGUUUUCGACGAACUAUUUCCCGUUUAGAACGGUCAGGCAUUCGAACCUAUGUUAGCACUAUAACAGUGCCCCUUCGGAGGGUUUCUGAGAAUGAGCUUGUUGAGCCAUCCUCAGUGGCUCUUCGGUCAAUUUUAAGGCAGAUCAUGACUGGGUUUGGAGAACUAAGUUCUCUAAUGGAGGCUGAGUCUGAGUCAGAGAUUCAGAGAAAUGGUCAGUAUUUGCCAGAUAUGCACUCAGAACUGAGUAACAACUUAGGUUCAGGUCAUGACAGCAGCCAGCGUAGUGUAGGUUCCUCACGAGAUAGGCGAGGCCAAGUAGGCAGCACUGAAUUGUCAGGUGAAAAUGAGACCACCCAACCACUGGCUCGAAACAGUGACAACAGAGGUAGCAGGCAGUUGGAAAAUUCAAACAAUUUAGUUGAGACUGGAACCUUACCUAUUCUUCGCCUUGCUCACUUCUUUUUACUAAAUGAGGGUGAUGAUGAACCAAUACGUGGUUUAACCAAAGAGCAGAUUGACAAUCUUUCAACCCGGAACUAUGAGCACAAUGGUAUUGAUAGUGAAUUAGGUAAAAUCUGUAGUGUUUGUAUUAGUGACUACGUAACUGGAAACAAACUCAGGCAAUUACCUUGUAUGCAUGAAUUUCAUAUCCACUGUAUUGACCGAUGGCUCUCAGAGAAUUGUACUUGUCCAGUCUGUCGGCAGCCUGUUCUAGGAUCAGGGGUAGCAAACAAUGGAUGAAGUGAUGUGCUCUAUUCAAAUACUGUAUUUUAGUACAGCUGAGUAUUCAAGCAUUCUUUUGUUGAGUUAUCUGUGAUGAGUUAACUAGGAUGAAAAAUAACAUUAUAGUUUGAUCUAUUUUUUGUGUGCCUUUUUAACUUGUUAAAAAGAGAACAUUUCUAUAAAAUUUAAAAUGCAAAUGUUCGAUUAUCCAAAAGUACAUAGUAGUUAAUAUUGCUAGAACCAAAUAACUUUCAAAAUGUUUUUAUUUUGGUAAUUUUGUCAUGCUAAGCACUUUUGUAUCUGCACAAUUCUGUAAGUUCAAAAAUCAAUCUUCUUUUUCUUAAUAUUUCUGCAGACUUUACUUGAAUUUUCAAGUUUCAUAGGCUUAGUGGUGUCUAAGUCUGAACGAAUGUUUGGCUGAAUGUUUGCUAAAUAUAUUCAAGUUACUUGAAGUGAUAAUUUAACAUGCAGCAUACUAUAUGUGUAUAUAUAGAUAUAUAAUUUUAAGGUUAAAUAUACAGUCUAGAAAGUACAAGUUUGAUUCUUAUUUAAGCUUUUGGGAAAAUACUGCAUAUGGCACAGCAUUUAAUGUUGACAAAGUCAUUUCUGAGAGAAAGUAGAAUAAGAUAUAAUCUUAAGCUAGAGAUAAUUUACUGAAGCGUCUCUGACAAUCUGAGUUUUUAGGUAGCAAGCAUACAUAAUACUGAAUAAGUAUUUCUUUAUUCAGAAAUGGAACAUGGAAAAUUUAGGACAUAAAGGUUAUAAGUUCAGCCUUAUUGUGACUUUUUGGAAGUGCAAGCAGUUCUUUGGAUUAAGUAAGGUAUAUAAUAUGCAUGGUGUCUCAAAAUGAAUUUUUCAACCUAAAAAAAGUCUAUAAAGAACCAAAUACAUAGAUAAUGUAUUAAGUUCACUUGGAGGCCAAAAGAAAAAAACUCCAAAGAAAACAAAAGACAAAGCUUUAAGAGAAUGUAGAAUUUAUAUAAACACAAAGUAUGCAUUAAAGAUCCAUUUCUAACAA